AAAAAAACAUAAAACCAUUGUUGUGACACAAAUUGUCACACUGUCAAAUUUCACUAAUCAGUAUGGUUUGUUAUGUCAGAGACCCAAAUUCAAGUUAAUCCCAAACAGUUAUUGACCUCAAAAAUUAUGUGCAGAAAUUAACAGUGGAUCACAUUCCCAAACCGACAUGUACCCAAAUAACACCUUUUUAUGGAAGAUAUUUUUGUUGCCAUUCCGCAAAGGGGGAUAAAACAUAAUCACCUGCAAUGGAGCAAAUCUUCAUGAUCGAAGUGUUCGUCAAAAGAAUCGUCUUGAAAAUAGAACCACCAGAAAAAGAUGAGUACGAACUGCAGCAGGAAGAGGAGGAGAGGCGGAGAGAAGCAGAACGGCUUGCAGCUCUAGAAGCUCUCCUAAAAGGAAAAAAAGGUAAAAAGGGAAAAAAAGGAAAAGCUAAAAAGGGGAAGGGGAAGAAGGGUAAGAAAGGUAAGAAAGGAAAGGAACCACCUGGACCAUCUGAAGAAGAACUGAAGUAUAUGCAAACAUGCACUAUGCAGAUGAACUGCCUACCCCUCUUUGAUUUUUAUGUUGCACAUGACAACUUCGUAGCGCCACCGCCACCUGCUCCUCCUCCAAAAAAAGGCAAAAAGGGUAAGAAAAAAGCGAAACCAAAGAAAAAGAAAGGGAAAAAAGGAAAAGGUAAAAUAAUGCCAAUAAAGCUUCAGUUACCAUCCGAACCGUUACCACAACCACCUUACUUCGGGGUUGGUAAUUCAGUCAUGUUUUUAUCGAGACCUUCGAAAUUAGAAGAAAUAUUAAGGAAGACCCCGAUCUACGUGACUGUAUGGAACAGAGAUCAAGAGAUGGGUUGCAUAGGAUUCUCCAUUGUGGAAUGGCAUGAAUCAUUUUUCGAAUGCCUUAAAAAAUCCGAAGAUUUGAAUCCAGUGAACUAUGAUCAAGCAGAAUAUCGAGAUACUAGUAAACCAGAGAUGGUCACCAAUACUGUAGAAAUGGUUCGACCGCUGCAGUGUGAGGAAGAUUUAAAGGCAUCAGGGGAAAUAGAAUUUUACUUACGACUAACAUGUUUAGGUAAUAGAGUGAUCAGUUCAUUCAUAGCGCUUCCUGAGAUGGAACGCAUACCUGGACGAAAAUACCUUUGUGAUGACUUGAAACUUAAGGAUAUUGAAGUGGUUAGACACUGGGAAGGUACUAUGAUAGAAGAGGUGCCACCUGUAGCUUAUUUCUUUAGCGCUCCUGACAUCACAAGGGAACCUAUAAAACCAGUAGAGGAGAUAGUACGGUAUGAAGAAUUCGUUGCUCCAUUUACUCGGAGUGAGCUGGCGAUUCUAUCUAUGGGCUUUCCUAAAGGACCUUGUGGUGGUACUAACUGUCCGAAGAGAAUGGAGUAUAGAGGCAGUCAGCAUCAAUUUAUUCCAGGAGAGAUGGUUAAAGGGAAAUACCAGCACGGUCAGUUUGUGAAUAAGCGAGAUGUCCAUGGUCCGUGUGGACGACUCGACUGUCCUCUGGCUAAGAAAGUUCGUGCAUACAUUUGUACUGAUGGCAGUUAUAAACCUUGCAAGAAACCUUGUUGCAAAGACUACUAUUAGUAAUUAUACGCAUUUUUAAUCUAAAUUGUUUUAGCAGGUGACAAUACAAAAUUAAAGUGACCGAAAUAGCAAAUGAAAUAAUAAGAUCAUACUAAAUUGUUUGUGUAUUCACAUGUUUUAAAAAUAAAGAAAUAAUAAACUUGUAAGAUAGAUCAAUCAAUA